AAAAACCUCAACCAUCAUCAACGCGCUGGCGGUGCGGGGUCACGAACUAUGACCUUUAACAGAAGAAAACCAAAACAAAUAUUUUAUAAAAUAGCAGAGCGUCCUAAAUCCGCGACCGCCGUUUCCCUGAGACCUCACUAAUGACCUUACAUCAUCAUGACAGCCAACCUGAAUCUGCUCUCUCAGCAGAAAGUGGAUUCUGAGCACGAGGCAGAGGUAUCAUCCUCUCCAUCAGACUCAGUGAUGAGUGAGUCUCCACAGCGCUUUCAGGUCAUCUCCACUGAGCCUGCCACAACACCACAGCGAAUACAGAUUGUAACUGACCAGCAGACAGGUCAGAAAAUCCAGAUAGUAACAGCGAUGAACCCGUCCAGUGCUCCCAAGCAGCAGUUCAUUCUCACUACGGCUGACAGCUCAGGGGCGGGCAAGGUUAUCCUGGCCUCACCAGACAGCCACAACACUAAGCAGCUCAUCUUCACUGCUGCAGACAACCUCAUGCCAGGAAGGAUACAGAUCGUCACAGAUCCAGUGUCAAUGGAACGGUUGUUAGGACAGUCGGGGGACUUGAGCCGCCCGCAGCCAGUGGAGUACUGUGUCGUGUGUGGGGACAAAGCCUCAGGGCGUCACUAUGGAGCAGUCAGUUGUGAGGGAUGUAAAGGCUUCUUCAAGCGUAGCGUGAGGAAGAACCUGACCUACAGCUGCCGCAGCAAACAGGACUGCGUCAUCAACAAACACCACCGCAAUCGCUGCCAGUUCUGUCGGCUGAGGAAAUGCCUUAAGAUGGGGAUGAAGACUGAGUCUGUCCAAAGUGAGAGAAAACCCAUCGAUAUAGUGCCCAGAGAGAAGCAUGCCAACUGUGCUGCCUCCACCCAGAAGAUCUACAUUCGCAAGGACCUAAAUAGCCCGCUCAUCGCCACUCCGACCUUUAUCUCUGAUACAGAGACAGAUGGCUCCAGAUCCAGCCUGCUGGACCAGGGGAUGCUGGUUAACAUCCAGCAGCCGGUCAUCCAAAGUGAUGGGACUCUGCUGCUGGCCACUGACUCAAAGCUGGACUCUGGUCAGGGGGAUCUGGGGACACUAGCCAAUGUGGUGACGUCACUGGCCAACCUGAGCGACUCAUUAAAAGAAAACCUAAACAAUGGUGACACCUCAGACAGCCAGCAUGAGGAGCAAUCUGCCAGCGAGAUAACACGGUCAGUCAGCAGUGCACAGAGAGGAGGGGAGUGUGAUUCUGAGAGUGCCUUUGACACCCUGGCCAAAGUCUUCAACCCACCAGAAGCAGGGGUCGGACAGAGUCUGGCAGAUAAGUCACAGUGUGUUGCCGGAACAACAAUUCAGCUGAUUGGUCGAGACCAGGAGACCCCCAUCAUCGAGGUGGAGGGCCCGCUGCUCACUGACAGCCAUGUUGGCUUUAAGCUGACCAUGCCCAACCCCAUGCCAGAGUAUCUGAAUGUACACUACAUCUGUGAGUCAGCAUCCAGGCUUCUCUUCCUCUCCAUGCACUGGGCACGCUCCAUCCCUGCCUUCUCAGCUCUCGGUCAAGAGGCAAACACCAGUCUGGUGCGAGCCUGCUGGAAUGAGCUGUUCACUCUGGGUCUUGCUCAGUGCGCUCAUGUGAUGAACCUGUCGACCAUCCUCGCUGCCAUCAUUAACCACCUUCAGAGCAGCAUUCAGGAUGACAAACUCUCGGGGGAGAGGGUGAAGCAGGUGAUGGAGCAUAUCUGGAAGUUUCAGGAGUUCUGUAACAGCAUGACAAGGUUGGAGACUGACAGCUACGAAUAUGCCUACCUGAAGGCGAUCGUGUUGUUCAGCCCUGACCACCCAGGUGUGGACAGCAGUGGGCAGAUUGAGAAGUUCCAGGAGAAAGCUCUGAUGGAGCUGCAGGACUACGUGCAGAAAACCUAUCCAGAUGACAUGUACAGGCUGACCCGUAUCCUGACCCGUCUCCCCGCCCUGCGCCUCAUGAACUCGAGCAUCACAGAGGAGCUCUUCUUCACUGGCUUAAUAGGUAACGUCUCUAUUGACAGCAUCAUUCCCUACAUCCUCAAGAUGGAGACGGCUGAGUAUAACAGCCAGGAGUCUGACCCUGCAGAAUGACACCCCAUCACUCCAACACCUCAGAACUGUGGAUUUAAAGAUGGUACUUUCUUUGUUGCUCAGAGGUUUUAUUGCUGAACCCCAGUCCAAAAUGAACUGCGGUGGCCCCUUGUUUUCUAACGAUGCAUGGUACAAAGUCAUUCAGGAAUCCUUGGUAGAUUAAGAUCUGGCACUGGAGAGCCAGGAUGACACAUGGAAUGUCCUCUGGAUCUGAUGCAGUGUGGGUAAUCUUGAGUUUCUGGCCUAAACUCAGCCCCUCUGAAGUAAAUGAAAAAGGAAUUCUCUGCAGCUGCGACUAUGCUCGUCUCCUUUAAUGUAUUUAUAGCACUUCAAGCUCUUUUCAUGUGAACUUCACCCUCUGGCCUAAGCCUUUCAAAUUGUUGUAGUCUUAUCUAAGCCUUAUCAUGCUCUCAUGUUGAUCACAUACAUAAUUUGCAUCAGGUGAGAACAAAACAAAAAGAAAUUUUACAUGUGGAAUUGGAAUUUCAUGUAUUUAAAAAGUCUAAUCUCAGGACUAAAGUAAAAUCUGAGUAUGUACUUUGAAGCUGUAAAGCAGUUAUUUGAGCUUUGGUGAACACUGGCACAGUAUAAACGUGUAUGAUUACUGACUGUGCUGUUAAAUUGAGAAUUCAGACUUUAACAAUGAAUUAAUUGUAAGUAUAUAUAUAUAUUUUUUUUCCCAGUUUUGAAAGUGAUACAAUUGACAUGAACAGAAUGAACAGUUCUUUGCUCUAACUGAAUCUAAAUAAUAUAAUUUUCAUCAAAAAAAAAAACAAUUUAUGCAUAACAUGUAAGUCGGUCAUUUAUCAGUGUUUUUAUCAAUGGAAUUUCAUGCCUCAUCACUUUUGAUGGUGACCAGACAACCUGAGCGUCACAAGGUGUGAAGUGACUUGUCACACAUACUUGAAGACGAGAGUGCAACCAAAAAUUGUUAGUUGCUCAGUACUUCCGUGUCACAACAGACUGGAAAUGCCUUUUAAACAUUAUUUCCUGCAGUGCAGCAGUGUAGUGCCUUUGGAGUACCUCAAGGAGCCAAGACAAUGGUCAAAAGGGUGAUGCACUGGAUAUGUGCACCGGAUAUCUGUGGAAAUCAGAGCUUGAAGAAGGACCCAAAACAGGAGUUCGUACUGUGAAACAAACGAAAUGAAUUGGAAAACUGUUGAAACGAUUUCUGCGGGCAUGGAAGGCCAAGUAUCGGUCUUGAUUCUGUGUUGUGACCUGUUGUCUGCCUCCGCCGUGCCGUAGACUCACACUACCAGACCUUCUGAACCUGUUCCAGGCUCUGAAAGUGACACUUUGCGACAUCCCCACUGCGUCUGCAACUUCACAUUGAGUCAUGCCUCCUUGCAGCAUCCCAAUGGCCCUGUUGAGGUCAGCAUCGCACAGUCUCACUAAAUGUGGCAUUCUCAAUGCUUUCUGACCUCAAGUGAACCUUUCAGAGCAUUAUAUGAUGGUCAGUUCUCAAUUAAGGUCACCUGUGACAGGUCGGUUGGUACCUAAUCACAAAUAAUCAUGUCUGGAGACCAAUUUAAAGCCACGAAGGAUGAAAUUUCAUUAUUGAAAACACUGACUAACAGAUGUACAUGUUAUGCAUGAAUUGUGAAGAAAAAACACUUUUUGGUUUUAGGACAACUUUGAUGAAAAGUUUUGAUCCACUUCAAAAGUUGACAACUGUGGUUGGAAAGAGCUCUCCAAACAGGUACAAGCGCUAACUCAAACCUCAACCCUUGAUUUGCAAUGUGUUCAUAAGCACUGGCUAUCACACCAUUGAGCUGCCGCACAGUGAUUACUGCUCAUUACAACGAGACCAGUGUCUGGUUUUAUUCUGUCUUUCAUUUUUAAUUUGCAUUCACAAAAUCACAUAAGCAACAUUAGCAAAUUAAAUUGACCACCUGUCCUUUUUUUUUAUAUAUAAUAAAUGACAUCUCAGAGAGUUUAGUUUUGGGAGUGUUGCUGUGUUUAGGUACACUUGUUUCUGGGUUAUCAUGAACAUGUCCUUAUUUUAAGCCGUGCAAUCACCUCAUCACUUUUCCCCUUAUGACAAUCAAUUAUAUGUUAUUUCCUUCUGUGUCAUUAACAUCACGACUGUUGUUUUCAAACUGCAUUUUGUAUGUGUAUUUAUCAGUGGCAAUUGUUUCUUUAAAAAAAAAUACAUUAUCUUAAAGAUUUUGGGUUCAGAAACGUUACCUGUGUGUAGCUAUGCUACUGUUUUGUACUUGUGUUUGCGUUUGUAUUCUGCUAAGUGCACAUCAAUCAGCUUUUGUGGCGUUCCACUGCAUUGAUGCUGACUAAAACUUUGCGUUUUGUACGUUUUCUAAAAACUUUAAUUUGUUGUGAACAAAUUUGCUUGUUGCAUACUUAAGUGUACUUAAAGUACUUUUGGGCAGGUUUCCCUGAUUUAAAAUAAAAUUAACUAGAAAAAAACAAACAAACAAAAAAAGAUCUUCUGGGAAGCCAGUCUCAAGUGUAUCAUUGUCUUAGACCAUAUGAAGAUAUGCAUUGGCUCACCUAAUUGUAUAAU